GCGCAGUGGUUCUUGGGAGUGGCAAAGCGGGUCCUGCCCGGCUGUCAGCUGUGGCCCCCGGCGCCGGGCGGGGGUGGCGGCGACCAUUGGCGGAGAGGCAAACGGGGCGGGGCCGCCGCCGGCCGCUGCGGGCAAGGCUGAACAGGCGGAGGUGGGCAGCUGGCCAGGGAAGCACGGUGCAGGCGGCUACAUUCGGCCUGGCCAUGGCAGCGGCGCCCCUGAAAGUGUGCAUCGUGGGCUCGGGGAACUGGGGUUCAGCUGUUGCAAAAAUAAUUGGUAAUAAUGUCAAGAAACUUCAGAAGUUUGCCUCCACAGUCAAGAUGUGGGUCUUUGAAGAAACAGUUAAUGGCAGAAAACUGACAGACAUCAUAAAUAAUGACCAUGAAAAUGUAAAAUAUCUUCCUGGACACAAGCUGCCAGAAAAUGUGGUUGCCAUCUCAAAUCUCAGCGAGGCUGUGCAGGAUGCAGACCUGCUGGUGUUUGUCAUUCCCCACCAGUUCAUUCACAGAAUCUGUGAUGAGAUCACCGGGAGAGUGCCCAAGAAAGCGCUGGGAAUCACCCUCAUCAAGGGCAUAGACGAGGGCCCCGAGGGGCUGAAACUCAUUUCUGACAUCAUCCGUGAGAAGAUGGGUAUUGACAUCAGUGUGCUGAUGGGAGCCAACAUUGCCAAUGAGGUGGCUGCAGAGAAGUUCUGUGAGACCACCAUCGGCAGCAAAGUAAUGGAGAACGGCCUUCUCUUCAAAGAACUUCUGCAGACUCCAAAUUUUCGAAUUACCGUGGUUGAUGAUGCAGACACUGUUGAACUCUGUGGUGCGCUUAAGAACAUCGUAGCUGUGGGAGCUGGGUUCUGCGACGGCCUCCGCUGUGGAGACAACACCAAAGCGGCCGUCAUCCGCCUGGGACUCAUGGAAAUGAUUGCUUUUGCCAGGAUCUUCUGCAAAGGCCAAGUGUCCACAGCCACCUUCCUAGAGAGCUGCGGGGUGGCCGACCUGAUCACCACCUGUUACGGCGGGCGGAACCGCAGGGUGGCCGAGGCCUUUGCCAGAACUGGGAAGACCAUUGAAGAGUUGGAGAAGGAGAUGCUGAAUGGGCAAAAGCUCCAAGGACCGCAGACUUCUGCUGAAGUGUACCGCAUCCUCAAACAGAAGGGACUGCUAGACAAGUUUCCAUUGUUUACUGCAGUGUAUCAGAUCUGCUACGAAAGCAGACCAGUUCAAGAGAUGUUGUCUUGUCUUCAGAGCCAUCCAGAGCAUACAUAAAGUGAAUCAUGCAACGUGUUGGGGGAAGUUCUGCCUUUCUGAUCAGUCUUUUGGGUUCACGUGGAAACCAGGACUUGGCAACAUGAUGUUUGACUGUAAUCUCAUCACGGAUAUGUAUGAAUUUUUACAGGUUCGUUUUUGAAUUGUGAGAGGCAGUUCAUUGGCAAAGAUGUACUGGGCAGUAACUAAACACACAUGCAAACGUGUGAAUGGUGGUUUAUUCCUCGUUCUGUGGGUGUUUCUAUGAGCCAAAAUUAAAUGUCUUUUUUUCAAAAUUGCUUAUGAAAUUUCCACACAAUCAUAGCUUAUAAGAUUGGAACGAUCUCAGCUAAAUUUUUUAGGUGUAAUUCAUAUGUAUUUGAGUGGAGGAUUUUUUUUCUCAUUUUUCUAAUGUUAAAUUUUAACCAGCAUUAACAUGGUAGAGUGGAGGAGUGAGUGUGUUCAAAGAUCAACAUAUUUAACUUUUAAACACUAUCUCAAAGCCAGCAUAAUUAACUACUUUGAUUGUGGGCUGACCUUUGUUUUUUUAACAAUCAGGUAUUUUUAAUUAGAUAAUCCACUCAUGUAUUUCCCCCUCACUGCAGUUGUCUGCAUUUUUAUCCUCUUUUCUCUUAGUUAGUUGUCAGAAUGUGCCUUCGUCAAGGCUCGGAGGUAACAGAAGACAGAAAAUUCAUCUGGGAUUUUCCUGCUGUGGCUGGCACAUUCUUCUGAUUAACAGACACUUGUAUGAUGCUUUAGGCUAGUUAGUGCAUUUUUUAGCAAACAUUUAUCUUAAGCAUCACAGAUCCACUGGGGGGGGCAGGGGGGCUACUGUUACUCCUCUUGUUAGAUGCAGUCACUCCUCCUGCUCACCUAGUGAGCAGGGACAGAGCCAGGAGUCAAGUGCAAUGCCAAGGUGCAUGACCCUCUGAGAAGUCACUGGGCUGAUUUGACCUCCGACUAAUUGGUUGUGGCAAAUGCCAUGUGCAGCCUUUCCUGAGGCCAUAGGAGGGCUUCCUGCAGCUAAGAUCUGUGCAGGCCAUCCUCUCAACAGGUGCCACUCCAAGGGCGGUCCUCGGUGCAGCAGCAUCAGCUUCACUUGGGGGGGUGGGGGAAGGGGCGGUCUCAGAAAUGCAGGUUCCCAGGUCCCACCCUGGAUCUCUGAAGGGGUGUGGCAUCUGUGUUUCUGAUGCUUACUACAAUAUGUGAACCACUACUUUAGAAAAUCUGCUUUAACUUGGCAUUCCUCUAAUUGUGUUCCCUAGGAAAUGACUGUCCCAAGAUCCAGUGAUUAUUCCAGGUGUUCCCUGGAAAGGUCAAGUGAGUCUGGGAAACACUACGUCUGUACACCUCUUGAAGGUGUCGAAUGUAUGUUUAUACAUCAGUGGAACCCAUUUUUCUAGCCUAGCAAGUCCCAAACACAUCACACUGAAGAGAUUUUGGUGAGGAAACUUGCUGGAGUUUUCAGGGAACACUGUUCUAGGCUUAGGUGACCUUAGGAUCACUCAAGUAGACCCUUCACUCCCUGCGAGAAAUUAGGAUGAAUAACUACCUGUGGUAUUGUUGGUUCUGAACUUUUACAGUUCAGACCUGCUGUGAAUCUUUGAUGAAGCUUUAAGGUGACACUGUUGUACAAGAUGUCAGCUUUGCUGAAACGCACAUUACCUGGAAUAAGUGCUUUAAUUGUAGAAUUAGAAUGGGAUUUACUGUACUGUUUUAAAUGAGAUUGGCUUCAGAAUCCAUUACAGUUACCUUACAUAGCACUUGAUACGUGUUAAAGGAACAUAUGAAUGUAAUUUAUAUAUUCCUGGAAUUUAAGUUACUUUGUGAGAUUUGGGCCUGUCCCUCAACGCCAGUUUAGGAUUUCUUUUUUUCUAUACCUUGAAAUGAUUAUAAAAUAGAUUUUCAUGAGAAUUUUAAAAACUCUAUCAAAAACAUUUUUGGAGCAUUUUAAAGCCCCAUACACAGAAGUAUACAAAAGCACACAAAACACUCCAAGUUUCAGCAGUUUUAGCACCACCGUUAACCCACUUUGCUUGUCUCAUGAAAAAUCUUUGUUAAAGUUUGUACAUAGGUAACAAAAAGUUACUUUAAAAGAUACAUAAAGGGCUGUAAGCUAAUUGUGGUGUCUAGUAAGUAGCAUAAUGAGAUGUGAGGAGUUGGGACUUUGCAUGUUUUGCGUAUUUUCAUCUGCAUUCAGCUUCUUACUCUGGGUUUGUACUCGAGUGUUAUUUCUUUGCAAAUGCCCUUGUAAUUACCACUCUGAAGUCUGCUGACUGUGUCUCUUGAACAUACUUAGGAUAUUCUGCACAUUAUGGAAAAAGGUAAAUUUUAGAAGUUCCUGCUCUACUAACUGUAGAUAUUUAUGACUCUGCGAGUUAUCUAUUUUUAUAACCACCUGUGGUCCAUUGUUCAUUUUAAUUCACAUUUCUUAUGAAGUAUGGUAACAGGGAGGGAGACACCUAGAUUAGCAGCUCAAUUUGUACUACUUCAGCCAAUCUGUGAAUGUAAAAACUACACUGUUGCCUUGCUAGGAUCCACCCACCUAUAAUAUGGAAGAAAUAUCGGAAUGAAAUCCACCCUACGAGAUGGAGUCAAAGUAAACUUGUGGUUUUUCAUUUAACUUUUGACUACAACAUGGCCCCAUGGCAUCCACACCAAGAGAGUGUUGUGAUGAGGUGCCGGUGUGCAAAGGGAACUUUAGUUUUUCCACUGGUUCUUAUCUGCUAGCCUUUUACGUACAUGUGUACUAUAUUUGUUUAUAGACUGUAGGUGGAUAUAUAAUUUAAAAGCUUGAUUUAAUAAACAUUUAACCCCAUAAA